AUGUUCAUCAUGGUGUCAGGCGCUGGGAGGAGGAGGAGGGGUCCCGAGUGGUACCUGGUGUCCGCCUGUCUGCUCUCCGUGCUGCUCUACCUGCCCGAGGCUCGGGCCACUUACCCCUCCCACAGCGGAGAGUGCAAAGGCAAGGGGAAGGACUGCGCAGGUAGGCACACCGCUGCGGGCUCUGGGCUGCAUCCAGGGUCCAAAAUCAGCAACCAUCCGCCAGCCAAAUACUGGGGGGCGGAGGGGGUGAUGCAAGUGAAGAUUAGUCUGCCGCGACAGCUGAUGGAGGCAAACGAGCCGAGUGUCCGCCGGGCGGCUCGCAGUCAGACGCUCGCUCUGCCCUCGAGAGAAGUUCAUCUCAAAUGUGUCUGCCAGUUCCAGUGUCACAAAAACUACAUCCCUGUGUGCGGCUCCAACGGGGACACGUACCAGAACGAGUGCUACCGGCGCCAGGCGUCCUGCAAACAGCAGCGCCUCAUCUCCCGGGCGUCGGAUGGGCCCUGCUCCGCUGAUCCGGGUUCUGGUUCAGGAGACGGAGAUGAUGACGAGGGUUCAGCCUCCGACGUCGGGAAGAAGUUCACCAAGUGCAGCACGUGUAAAUACGGAGCCGAGUGUGACGAAGACUCGGAGGACGUCUGGUGCAUAUGUAACAUCGACUGCAGCGGGCACAAUGAGAACCCGGUGUGCGCCACCGACGGGAACUCCUACAACAACCCGUGUCUGGUCCGAGAGGCCUCAUGUAUGAAGCAGGAGCAGAUCGACGUCAAACACCUGGGCAGGUGCCCCGCUGAUAAAGAGAAAGUGGGGAAGAAAGACGACAGCAGUCCGUUCAAAGUCUUAGAAACCACCGCUCUGGACCACGGCGAUGGUUUCUACGCCGGGAUGCCGAUCCCGUGCGCCGACAGCUACGCCGGCUUCUGUGUUCACGGGAAGUGUGAGAUCAAGUACAACGUGGCCACCUGCAGGUGUGACGCCGGCUACAAAGGCGCUCAGUGUGACGAGCCUCUGGACUUCAACAUCCUCUACGUGGUUCCCAGCGGACAGAAGCUUCACUACGUCCUCAUCGCCGCCAUCAUCGGCGCCGUGCAGAUCGCCAUUAUCGUCGCCGUGGUGAUGUGCAUCACAAGGAAAUGUCCGAAGAACAACAGGGGCCGCCGGCAAAAACAAAACCUCGGACACUUUUCCUCGGACACUAACUCCCGGAUGGUAUAGCCGUGUUGGUCUGGGUUCUUUUUUUAAAAAGUCUUUUCUUACGGCGUGGGAAUACCAUUUUUUUUAAACGGUAGAUGUGUGGCAUACAUUUUUUCUCUCUCUCCUGGGAAACGAUAAGAAAAAUAAGAAUAUUUAUUUAAGGGGCCUUAAUUUUCCCUCCUUUUUUUUAUAGUUGGAUGGAAUUUUGGUUUUGGUUUUUUGCCGCAAGUCCAAGGAGCCGAAUCGUCAAAACCCACUGUCACUUUACAUCGUUAACAUGUCCGCUGUGUUAAUUACUUUAUACUGCUUCAUUAGAGGUUUUGUUGAAUGCUUUAUGAAUACGGUACCUUUGGUAAACUGGCUAACAAAGUGAUGUCUGCCCCUCUGGAAUGUGCUUAUUUAUUGAAAACGAAUAUUUCCAGGCCGGUCUCUUGUUUUACAAAUAAUGUGCAGCUGAUCACCAAAUGCAGUUUGUAUUUACGUAGGAGGUGAGUCGGGGCCAGCCAGUGAUAUAUAUAUAUGUUUACACUUAUUCUUUGUUAUAUUAAAGACGUCACUGUGUUCCAAACAA